AUCACUUAUUUUCAACAAAACAAUUGGAACUUUAAACUUUGGACCCCUUUACUUAAGAAAAUUAUUUUCUAUGAACAUUUUUUCAUCCAGAAAUUAGUUUACAGUAGACAUGAAAAUAUUUGAGAAAAUUAUUUUCUACUGACAUAUUUAUGAGAAACACAUGGGAUGUGAUUGUCUCCUCCCUCUCUGCUCACUCGAUCUCCCCGGCCCGCUGCCCACCCUCCCUCUCCGCCUCUCUGAUACCAGUUCUCUACUCUAUCUGCUCUCUCCCGCAGCUGUCUCCUCUCUCAGAAAGAUGAGUGAUUACCUAUCAACAACGCUGCUUACAAAGAAGAAAGAGAUCGACUGCGUUAUCAGAGAUGCCAUCGACAAGGUCCUUGUCCUCCGCUUCGGCCGCGCCUCUGAUCCCGUUUGUCUCCAUCUCGAUGACAUUUUGCAGUUAUCGAAAUCAGCUCGUGAAGUUUCAAAAUUCGCAACAAUAGCCUUGGUAGACAUUGAUUCCGAGGAUGUUCAAGUUUACGUCAACUAUUUUGACAUAACUUUGGUUCCUUCUACUGUUUUCUUCUUCAACGCUCAUCAUAUGAAAAUGGAUUCUGGGACUGCAGAUCACACUAAAUGGGUUGGUGCUUUUCACAGAAAACAAGAUUUCAUUGAUGUAGUUGAGGACCAUUUCUAUUAUAAAGGUAUUAAGCUUGAUGCUAGGCGCUUUUGUGGAGAACAAUCCUAAGGUCUUUCUUGAUAGUUUACCUGGUCUGGAAAGUUUCUUUAAAUGGUAUCACUUGAGGGAUGGGCAAUUUUUUUUUUUUUGUGGAGCUGAAAGGAACAACUAAUGUUUGGUGGGAAAUAUUUCAACCGUUGUGUAAUUGACACGUACACUAACAUUUUUUUCUGCUUAACAAUGUUAGAACUUCAACUGGAAUGAAGAUGUCAUGAUUUCUAUUGUAUCUAGAAGGACAAUAUUUCACAAAUUCCUUCAGUUUAGCUACUUGUAGGCUUUUAUUCAAUGGCUGAAGCAGCUCAAGUUGCUUUUAAGAUUGAGGAAGAAGACUUCCAUGAGAUUCCAGCCACGUCCCUGGUAGGAAUGAAAAGGUAGCUAUUGGCUUCAUUGCGGAGAAUUCUGUUGAUAAAUCUCAAGGAAUUUCCCACUCUAUUCACAAGUCCACUCAUCCUAAUACCUCCUAUUCAUCUCAAGGAAGCAGUUGAUCAAAUUCCAAGGGAAAGAAAGAAGGUUGAUGUUUCAAGUGUAGGGGCUUCGGCUGCUUUUCUUUUGAAUGUCCUGGUAAGGCUCUUUCACUUCCUAAUGAAGGACAAGCCUUAGAAGCCGUCAACGAGGAAGAAUUUGAAGAAGUUAUUUGUUGAGAUGGAUACAGAUAAACAUUCAAAAUUGGAAAUCAGAUUCCAAUGUUGAAGAAGAUGACAAUCAAAGUUGGAAAUCGGAUUCCAAUGUUUAGUGUUUUGACCCAUGCUUGCAACUUAUGAGGUUGUUGAAGAUGAUGACAAUUGUAGACAUAUUUCUAUAUUCAACUCAAGAGUUAACUCUAUGAUCAUGGAUUUGGGUACUUGUGCUAACAUCAUAUCUGAAAGGCUGUCAAGAAGUUAUAGGUUUGAAGACAGAACCUCACCCUCAACCAUAUAAAGUCGCUUGGGUGGAUAACACAAAUUGGAAAAUUGGAAAAAAGAUGCUUGGUUACUCAUAAACCUGGUGGAUUAGUCGAUGAAGUGCAAUGUGAUGUCCUUCCUCUAAGGGUUUGCCAUAUUCUUUUGGUUCAUCCAUGGUGAUUUCAUAGAAGGAUGGAGCAUGAUGCCUUUGAAAAUAUAUAUUCCCUAUUAAAUCAAAAGAAAUUUAAGCUCAGGCCACAGAAUGAUCUUUUGUUGUCAAAGUUGAAGAGGUUGCCUGGUCAUUCAUUCUUCGUCAUGUGUGUAGAUUUAUGGGUGAUGUAUUCCUAGGUCCUGCCCCAAACUCAACGGAGUUGAGGUUCUCAAAGACAACUGUGGAGUAGCUAUGCUAUACUUAGAGAAACACUCCACUUUUGAAACUCAACAUUAAGUGAUUUUUAAUUAAGCAAGAAGUCUUUUUGGUAAAAAAAUUAAGUGUCCUUGUGGAUUUUUAAUGUUUGGUUUUUAUAGCUUUGAGUCAUCAGUUAUUUUGUAAGCAGGAUUACUCAAAGUCUAUUCUUAUUUAGGAAGUUGGUGUGUUAGUUUUUAUUAGUUUAUUUCUGUUUUUCUUUCCUAUUCAAGUAAGGAUCAGUAAUACUAGUCUUUUAAGGAGUCCCAAUCUCUACAUAGAAAUGCUAUUUUUUUUUAGCAUAGUCGAGUUAUUAUGAAAUAAAUUGAGAAUUUGAAGGCA